GCAACCCCAUCCCUCCGUGUGCGUGAGCGUCUGGGUAACUGCUGGGUAACCGGCAGUUCACGUGUUGUUUUGCUCUUCGCGGGGACGAGCUGAGUGCGAGAAGUAACUCGCUGCGUCCGUGGUGCUGAAACUAAAGGAGCUUGCGCAGUAGCCCCGGGCGGACGGAGGCGAAGGAGCGCGAGCUGACGGUACGAGCAGACCCAGAAGGUACCAGGGACAGGUGCCGCGCGCCGCGGAAGCUCUGGGCUCGCCCUCCUUGGAGUACCGUCCCAUCCUGGGGGAUGGCGAGCUCCCCCGUGCCGGAGUCGCCCAGCAGCUCCUCGGCUGGCCCCAAUCUCAACAACAACAACAACAACCAGCAACAACAGGAGCAGCAGCAGCCACCGCCGGGCGUGCGCAAGUGCGGCUACCUUCGCAAGCAGAAGCAUGGCCACAAGCGCUUCUUCGUGCUUCGCUCCCCCAGUGGCGGGGCGGCAGCGGGGGAGGAGGCGUCGCCGCAGCAGCCCGCCCGACUGGAGUACUACGAGAGCGAGAAGAAGUGGCGGAGUAAGUCGACGGCACCCAAGCGGACCAUCGCCCUCGACGCCUGCCUCAAUAUCCACAAGCGAGCCGACGCCAAGCACAAGCACCUCAUCGCCCUCUACACGCGCGACGAGUACUUCGCCUUGGCGGCUGAAAGCGAGCCGGAGCAGGAGGCCUGGUACCAAGCGAUCACGGAGCUGCUCCGCGAGAGCCAGGCCGCGGCGGAGGGCUCUCCUCGGCAUCCGUCACAGCUGGCCUCCUGCGAGGACUUCAGCUACGGGCAACCGGGCUGCAGGCCCCCUUCAUCCGCCGCCUACCGCGAAGUGUGGCAGGUGACGCUGAAGCCGAAGGGACUCGGGCAAAGCCGCAACCUCACGGGCAUACACCGCCUCUGCCUGGCGGCGCGCACGGUCGGACUGGUGCGGCUCAACUGCGAUCGGCCCUGCGUGACGCUGCAGCUUAUGAACAUCCGCCGAUGCGGCCACUCGGACAGCUUUUUCUUCAUGGAACUCGGGCGCUCGGCCUCGACGGGGCCCGGGGAGCUUUGGAUGCAAGCCGACGACUCGGUGGUGGCGCAGAACAUCCACGAGACCAUCCUAGAGGCCAUGAAGGCACUGCGGGAACUGGUAGAGUUCCGCCCGCGUAGCAAGAGCCAGUCCUCGUCCUCCUCGUCCGGCGGCGCCACCACAGUCGCUGUGACUGGCGGCGGCGGGGGAUUAUCGUCUAUGUGCAGCCGGCCCAUCUCUGUUCCCGGCCGCCGCCAUCACGCCCACCACCCGCUGGCGCCUCUGCCCCCCAGCCAGACUGGCCUCCUCCGCCGAUCGCGCACGGACAUCCUGACUGUAGUAGGGAGCAGCAGCAGCGGCAGCAGCGGCAGCCACGGCAGCAGCGGCAGCAGCGGCAGCCACGGCAGCCGGGUGCGGACUGCCAGCGAGAGUGAUGGAAUUAGGGUUGACUCACUGUCUGGCAGCCCCCUGAGCCCUGAAACCGGGCAAAUCCCACACAGCCUUGGAAUCAGGGGGGGAGCUAGCCCACUAGGGGGCCCAACUGCAGCCCAUUCUAGUGGCUCCCUACCUUUAGGGCAUUCUUCCACCCUGUGGCCAAAGUUGACCACAGAGCCAAGCCUGGCCGCUCAGCGUUUAUCCAGCUGCAGCGCCUCUGCCUCUGGUUCCCCCAGUGACCUAGCUGGCUUCAUGGCUUUUGAGGAAUUGGGCUCCAGUCCAGCUGGAGAGCUACUGCCUUUCUCAUCUUCUUCAGCAACAAGCCACCAUAGCAACACACCUGAGACUCCUCCUGGCUGGCAGUUGGAUGGUUACAUUGCUAUGGAACGGGGACCCCUUCGCCACCAGCCAUACCCUUGUGGAGAGGACAAGGUUCCCAGGAAGCGCACUUACUCUCUGACAACACCAGCACACCAAGGCUCCUUGCCUCCUCCAGUUUCCUCUGCCUCCCUGGACGAGUACACACUCAUGCAGGCCACCUUUCCAAGAGCAGGGUAUUCUCCAAAGGUAACCUAUACUCCUUAUCCUGAGGAUUACUGUGAUGUGGACAUUGGGUGUGGUGGCAUCAGCAGUGACAGGCCACACUUAGGCUGCAGUGCACCUAAGGAGGAUGGCUAUAUGCCCAUGAGUCCCAGCAUGGCAUCUGUCUUGCCGUUGCGGACUGAUCCUGAUGGCUAUAUGUCUAUGCACCCCACCAGUGUGUCGGCCCCACAGCAGAUUGCUCAACCUCAUUCCCACAAGACCAACAGGGAGAUUUCCCCAGAUGAUAGUGGCUACAUGCGCAUGUGGGGUACCAGUACCAGGCUGCCUGGAGAGAGUCCAGAAGAGAGAUUGGCCAAUGAUGACUACAUCAGUAUGUCCCCUUUGCUUUUGCCCCCUUUGCAUGGACCUUCUGCCUUGGACUCACCUGUGCUUUCUACUGAUCAUUUCAGUGCCCUGAGGCUUGGAAGCCAGGCUGGCUACUUGGGUAGCCUAUCGCAUGCAUGCCAACAGCAGCCAGAUUCUCACAGUGAGAGAAAGGACAAUGACCAGUACGUGCUUAUGAGCUCUCCCACAGGCAGACAAAAUUACACUCCCAAAGGGGAAUUCUUUCUUGCUCCAUGCAACGAUAUUGCAAGGCAUUUAUCCACACAUCACAGUCAAGCUCGGAGCUCUCUCAGCCAACAGACAGGCAAUGCCCAGCCCAGCCACCCUUCUUUAGGGCUUUUGCCACCCAGCACAAGUGAGCAGUCUCUUCCAAAGGAACCCCAAAGUUCCAGUGGGGAUUAUGUUGACAUUGGCUAUUCGCUGGCACCAGCCUGUGAGACUUCACCUUCCCUGCUUAACCCUGGCUUAGGUGGGCAUAACGGCUCAAGGAUUUCCAACUAUAUGAACCUCAACUUCAAUGGUCCGCAGCCAAAUGUCACCUCUCUGGGGUCCUUGGAAGAAGUACUUUUGCCAGGAUCCUGCCCUAACUCUGGGCAGCUAGACAAGCAUUAUUUAAAGAUGGGAGUGCAGAUGGCUUGCCUUUCCAGCCCAUCUUCUGAAGCCAGUGACUAUACAGCGAUGAUUUUUACCACUGCCACCGCACCACCCCAACCCAUCUCACAUAAGUCAGAAAGUGUUCGUGUGGCCGGUCCUGGCCCCGGACUGAAGCAACUUACCCUUCCUGGUGUGGAGGCCUUUGUUUUUGCUAGCCCUCCUUUUAAUCCCAAUCAUGGAGCCAAAGUCAUUCGUGCUGAUCCUCAGGGGCGUCGGAGGCACAGCUCAGAAACUUUCCUAUCUACCACCACAGUGACUCCUGUUUCUCCUUCCUUUGCACACAAUCCUAAGCGGCAGAAUUCUGCCUCUGUAGAAAAUGUGUCCCUCAGGAAAAAUGAAGGCUUGGGGGAAGAACAGAACAGCAGCCCCAUGUGCCGGGAAACCUCAGCUGGCUUCCAGAAUGGCCUCAACUACAUUGCUGUUGAUGCAUUGGAUGGAAGCCAUUUGGCAAUUGGAGACCAAGUCGAGCACAAAGGCAGGCCUCCUCUCAACGGAAGUAUCAAUGGCACUUAUGUCAGUAUAAAUGUCCUGGCCCACAAUCUGAAAAAAACGUCUUUAGUGAAAGAAUGAAGAAACCAGUUUUACCAUUAUACUUGGUAGAACUGUCAUCAUUUUAGAUUUAAGCUGCUUUAAGAUCCAUUUUAAUCCCUACUUCAUGUAGCUUUCAGAACAUUUCUUCAUUAUUAUUGGAGGAGAAGCAACCUGUCUCAUUCACCAGGAUCUUUUGCAACACUGUGCCGCUGUUUGCAUAAAUUGUGCUCAGCGUGGUAUCUUUUAGGACUUUGGACCUCUGCAGCGGGCUGAUGGAUUGUGAUCAUUGCCUUUUCAGUACCAAUGAACUGUACUUACUCCUCAGCAUGUUAAGAGGUUCUGCUUGCACCUGCUACAGCAGUAAAAUCUGGUGUUUACUAGCAUAUUUUCAAACCUCUACAGCACUACCUCAGUUUAAAGUCAAACUGGAUUUGUAUUGUGGUUUAGGAUGGCUGGUAUUUCCUUUCUCUCAGUGGCAUAGUUCAGUCGUCAGCCUUACUGAAUCUAUCAAGAACCUGCUGCUGGCUGGCUGCUUCGUUUACUUACGUGCAAAGCCCAAAAUGGGACCUGAAAAACUUAAAGCCAAGAUGAAACUUGAUAGAUUAGAUUUCUAUCAAUAUAUUUAUAAUAACUAUAGGAUAUGCUACAGAAGCAACAAAACUUGGUACCGUUAAACUAUAUUGGGAUGUCAUUCUAUACCUCUGAUACAUUUGUUUGAUAGUUUCUGUUUAUCUUUUAAAGUCCUGCAGACUUCAAGAUCUUUUAUCCUAUUUGUAUGCUUACGUUUAUCAGCUACUCUUGGUAUUCGCUUAUUUUCUUGCAACUAAACUUUAGAAAUGAAGGCUAAUAUGUGUCAAAAAGAUGGCAAACUUUUGUACAAAAUACAACAUAUUAUUCAGUAAGGCUGAAUAUUUUUCUUCAACAAGAAAUAACAGUUUCCAUUUAAAAAAAAAAGAGCAUAACAUCUGGGGAGAGGGCAAAAUUUUCAGUCAUUCUCCCAGAAAUAGUUCACAAGGACAUACAUAUUCAGUAUUUUGAAAAUAACAGUGUCAUGGCUGCUAUUUUUACAUAUCUCAUCUUCAAAGCUUGCACUAUGGUGAUCCUCCUCUUGUUGCUUCUGGUCUGUAUUUGAGUGAAGAAACUUUUAAAAAAUGUAUUGUUAUUUCAAAGGUACCUGAUCAUUACUAUGAGCAACCAUAAGUUUUUCCUUGAACAUUCUCUGUGUUUAAGUAAUGAACACUAUGUCACCAGAAGCAGCGCUUUCUAUCUUUACUGAGCUAAUGUUUUAUCGCUCAAGAUAAUGCAAAGUUCUCCUGCUUCCAUGCUGAGCAUUGGGACAGAAGAUUCUGUAAAAAGAUACAUCUGAAUGUAAUCUCUACCCACUCAAGGUUCCUUUGAGGGAAUGGGAGGAGAGCAUAACACAUAAGCUGAAGUAUGGAAUGAUCAAAUAACAAGAAAUAAAAAAGUGCAACACCCCAACUUUCCGCAGAAGUUUUUGACCACAAUUUCUAACAUCCCUGAUCAAUACCCAAGCUGGCUUAGGUUGUGGGAAUUGUGACCCAAAACAUCUGGAAGGCACUACAUUGUGGGGGACUGUCAAAAAUUAAAUUAAUGAAGAUGGCUAUGUAUGGUGUCCUCAAGUAACAGAGCACUCUGUCUGAUGAUCUUAGGGGGAAAAAUCAGUUCCUGAUAUCAUACUAGUCAGUUUACUUAGUUUCUAAAAUAAAUGAGCUUGAAUAUAUACGGACUUCUUGUCAAUACUUUACAUUUCACAAAGGCAUAUGCAAAUAGUUACAUUCUUAAUCUAGUUUACAAUAUGAAACCAAAAUGUAUAAAUGUUAAAUUUGCUAACACUUUGCUAUGUAUAUUGGGUCUUUGUACAUUCUGCCUGAUUUUACCUUAAAUUUUAAAUAUUUUUUGCUAUGUAACAUUAACAGUUAUAAGCAGUGUUUUCUUUUUAGAAAUAUAAUUGUUUCUGGACAUUGAGAUAGUAAAUAUAUUUCUUGCCAUUGUGCUAAGGCAAAACACUUAAUUUAUCUUGCUGUGUCUUCCAAUGCACACUAUGUAUAGAGGAAUAAUCAGUGAUGCUGCUGGGGAAGAGAAAACAUGGAACUAAAAUUUAGUCUUUAGUCUUUACUGAUCUUGGCUGCUAUCCUUAAUAGCCAUAUGCAAUAAAAUGUUAUUUAUUGAAGGAUUAAA